AUUUGUUUACCAGUUUACUGAUCGUUUAAUGCCGAUGUGAGCGCUGGCUUUGUGGGGAAGCGCAGAAAACAACUAGGCAAACAAGUCAAUAAUAGUACUUGUCCUCCUCAGUACUUAACCUUGAUCAAUGUUUAUUAAAAUAUGUUUGUUUGAGGUGGCACUUCACAUAGUCAGCAUCAUGUCUUCAUCAUGAUUAUGGACAUCUAGGAAGGCUCCAGUGUUGUUUAUAUAGAUAACGUUUGGAUAAAAUACAAUCUAAGGACGAAUUAGGACCAUGGCGACGAAUAUGUACUUGGAACAUUAUCUUGAUAGUAUUGAAAAUUUGCCAUUUGAACUUCAGAGGAACUUCACACUUAUGAGAGAACUUGAUCAAAGGACACAAGACCUUUCAAAGGAGAUCAACAGUAUGUCAGAAGAAUACAUGGCAAAUGUGCGUAGUAUGGAUGCUGCAAAAAGGACAUUACAUUUGAAGAAAAUUGAAAAUGCUUUUGUCAAAAGUCGAGAAUAUGGGGAUGAUAAAGUUCAGCUUGCUAUGCAAACAUAUGAAAUGGUUGAUAAACACAUUCGCAAACUGGAUGCUGACUUAGCAAGGUUUGAAUCGGAUCUUAAGGAGCAACAUGCCAAGGAAGCAGGCUACUCAGAUUAUGAAAGUGAAUCACCAACACCAAAGCGCAAGAGCAAGUCAGGUGGAAGGAGUAGAGGAGGAGGAAGGAAGAAACAAGACACUUCUGAGUCUGCAAGGAAAAAGAAAAAAGUUGAAUCUGAAGGUCCCAAGUCACUUGCAGUUGCUGUGUCUAUUUUGGCACCUGAGGUACAAGUACUUGAUAUGCCAGUUGACCCUAAUGAGCCAACAUACUGUCUAUGUCAUCAGGUUUCAUACGGUGAAAUGAUAGGGUGUGAUAACACGGAGUGCCCAAUUGAAUGGUUUCACUUCCCGUGUGUAGGACUGACAUCAAAGCCGAAAGGAAAAUGGUACUGUCCAAAAUGUGCACAAGAGAGAAAGAAGAAAUAACUCUGUCAACAGAAAAUAUUAUAACUACUAAGAACAUUGUUUGGGAACAAUGCACGACAAGUAUACUUGUUAUGGUCCAAAUCUCACGGCAGCACACAGAGAACGUUCGUCGUCAGUUGCGCUUGUAUGGUCUAACCCCUCAAUAAGAGAGUAUUGUAAAGCGCUGUUGUACUUAUAUUAUUACUGCACCUGUCAAUAACAGGCAAACUCUGGGUUUCAGAGAUUAUUUUGCGAUUUCCUUUCAUUUUGCGGUCAAUCAUUAGCGCAACUGCACUCGAAAAACCGAUUAUAGACACCAACAAAAUGGAUUGUUCUCCGAUUACAGCUUAGAAAUGCAUUUUUACUUGACACAAAUACAAAUACACCACAGACCGUAUUGUAUUAAAAAGAGCAGCAAGGUCAGGGAGUGGCUUAUGACGAAUGAUUGUACAGACUCGUAUAAAUGUUAUUUCUAGAUUUAAAUAUUAAGUUUUGAAAACAUGAUGGCAAGUUGUUCAAAUCCUCAAUAUUCUUUUGUGUACGCAUUUGUUUGUUUGGUUUUUUGUUUUUUCGCCGGUUGUCUUUUUUUAAUAACAGAGAACUUUGUCUUUUUUUAAUAACGGAGAACUUUUCAAAUCGUAGUACAUUUAAGUGUAUAAUAUAUUGAAGGGUUUUAAAGUCCUUUUAACAAUAGACCACAUUUACGACGAAAUGAUCGAAACUUGACACUGAAAUGUUGGAGGAGUUUUUGAUAGAUUUUUGUUGUGGAGAUCUCGAGAACUGGUGUCUCUUCCCAAAGCCAUUUGCGCAUUUUGAAAUUUUCAAAGUUUCGUUACGAUCUCAGGAAGAACUUAAUCCGGCAUUUUUCUUAGGGUUUCAUGCAGCAUUCUCUCGUGUUAAGCAGACGUUUUCUCGCAAGGUUCGUAAAGCUUAAUCGUGAGGUAUCAUUCCAAACUCUCUGUAAAAUAAAGUUUAAAUUAAGGGAUCAAAUCAAAAUUUACUUUUAGUUGAGACAUUCUAGUGUUACAAUCAUACUAAGACAUAGAGUGUUCUUGAGUACUUAUUUGAGAUGAUACCACGUUCGCCAUGGAGAACGUCAAGUUUCUAUCAAGCCUUCUCUUCCCCGUUCCUUUUCGUGCCAAAAUUUUGGAGUAAUUAAUGUAAUGUGGUGGUAUUUGUCAUACAUGUGGAUUCGGUUUCAAUUCAUGACGAAAUGUACGUGAGUUUGAAAUCCUGUAGUGGUUCCGUCUAAAAUGUUGUGAGCUUUCGACUAAAAAUAAACAUUUUUUAUACGGUCUUUAUUAAAUAAAGGUGAUGAUUCUCAAGU